AUGUCUUCCUCCUUCCCCUUGCUACGUUCCAAUACAGCAUCUUUACCACUUCUCCACCCUGCUUUACACCAGUUUCAGAGUGGUGGCAGCAUAUACCAAGGUAACGCUGGCGGAAGUCAAAUAGUUGAAGAUAGAAGCUUUUACUCAAGUCCAGGAAUAACAAGUUACGGAUAUCCAUCUACAUGGUCAAGUUACUUACCACCAUCGACAACCGGUUUCUCAACUCCACCAUGGUCAACUUACCCACCACCAACAUUCCCUGGUUAUUUACCUCCACCAUGGUCAUCUUACCCGCCACCAACAUUCCCUGGUUACUUACCUCCACCAUGGUCAACUUACCCACCACCAACGUAUCCUGGUUACUUACCUCCACCAUGGUCAAGUUAUCCACCACCAACGUCUCCUGGUUAUUCACCUCCUCCAUGGUCAAGUUACACACCACCAUCGACUGGGGGCUGCUCAUCACCACCACCUUCAGAAACUUUCCAUUUCUAUGUACCUCCUCCACCAAUAUCACCACCGCCCCCGCCCCCACCCCCACCACCGACACCACCACCAAUGGCAUUGAUAGCGCCCCCUUUAAAGGUACAGGGUCAAACGGUGGGCAGAAGCGGCGGACCGGCCACUAGCCGUCAUACACUAAACACUCGCGUUCAGUCACCCCGUUCUCAGCCUUCCUAG